GGGGAGGGGCGGGGCCGCGACCCACCUUAUAAGUGGGACCCCAGACCACCCCGGCCGUUCCAUCCAGUAGCCCUCGCACGGCCGCCAACAUGCUGCGCCUCUGUCUGGUCGCGGUGCUGGCAGUGUCCACAGCAUCCGCGGCAUCCACAGCAUCCACAGCAUCCGCAGCCGCGGGCUUCAUCCCACCAUCCACCGUGUUCGCCCCGGCGCCGCCGACCAGCUUGGACAUCCUGCCGCCGCCCCCGCUCCCGGAGAGCCCGCCCCCUGAGCCACACCCCCCGCCCCCGGACGAGGCGGCUUUCGUGCCGGCCACCCCCGAGGACGCCUUCUUCAACCCCGAGGUCGCCGCCACCGCGCCCGCCCCCAACUUCGCCGUCCAGCUCGCCCCCGCGCCCCGCCGCUACACCCCCUUCGCGCAGUACGGGCCGCCAGCGCCGCCAGCGCGGCCAGCAGGCGUCGACCCCAACUUCGAGUUCAACGCCGUCUCCUCCGACUGGAACUCGCCCUUGGCCCUGGCCAGAGCUCGCGCCGGGCUGAGGAGACGACCUCACCGUCAGAGACACGGGGCAGGCCAAGACGACCCCAACUUCGAGUUCAGCGAGAUCUCGUCUGACUGGAACGCGCCAUCGGCCUUAGCGGGGGCCCACGCCUCGCGCAGGGGGCGGCCCGCCGCCCAGCGGCACGGAGCAGGCCAAGAAGAUCCCAACUUUGAGUUCAACGAGAUCUCCUCCGACUGGGGCGCCCCCAUCGGCGCGCUGGCCGCGGCCUACCGCCGCCACCGACUGCAGCAGGGACUCCAGGACGACGAGGAGCCCCUGCUGGAGUUCAACGAGAUCUCGUCCGACUGGAGCAUCCCUGCCAGCGCGCUGCUGACGGGCUCGGAGGGCGGCCUCCGACGCCAACAUGGGCAUCACCGCCACGGGCACCGCCACCAGCACCCUGCCGCCGGCCAGAGCCAGCAGCAGCAGCAGCCUCAGGUGCAGCCGCAGGUGCAGACACAGGUCCAGCCCCAGUUGCAGCGAACGACACAGCCCCAGAGCCAGCCGAGCCAGCAGGCCGGAGUCGACGGCCGCUUCGUGUACAGCCACCUGGUGGACGGGCUGCUGUUCACGGGCCCCCACAGCGACUCCCCGCUGCACCUGGCGCGCUCGGACGCCGUCAAGCUCAUCGGGGGCUCCUUCUCGUUCGUCAGUCCCGACGGCGUGCCGGUCAACAUCCGCAAGAUCCAGUUCCACAACCCCGAGCACGCCGUCAGAGUGCUCCCCGGCCUGGCCAGGUCGUAGAAGGGAAAGGCCUCUGCGCGCGAGGAGAGCAGAGUCCAGUAACCAAAAUGUGAUUGUAACAGCACGGUGAUUUCCUAGCUCACUAGUUUUAGAGUAUUUCGUCUUGUAUUUUUAUCUGUAUUCUAAAAUGUAGCUUUAGGUUCAGCCGAAAGAUGAGUUGUCAUGUUACGUUCAGGAUGAGCAGUUGAGAGCAAUGUUAAGUAAUGUUAAGUAAUCACUAUCAUAAGGAGCUUGUA